GGCGACGAAGCAAAACAUUUCGUUCCAACUCGUCGAUCGGUGCGCACGUGCGUGCGUGUUGGGUGCGUGCGUGUGUGUGUGUUGCUGCUCAGACGACCCUUACCUUACCUUACCCGUGCGUGUCACAAACGGUGCGCUUUCCCCCGCUGGAGCGCGUGUGUGUAGGCGUGUAUGCGGAUUUGUUUGUUGGCAAAGUUGGCUUCCCAUCGAUAGGUCCCAAACGCCAGCAAGAGAGCGCGUCUUGGCACGCUGAAAACGCUGAUCCGUGAUCCCCGAGCUGGUAGUGUGUGGUCGUCGUGUGUGCGUGUUUGUGUGUGCACGCUCGCUAGUGUGUGGCGUGCGCCUUCGAUGGUUUUGGUGUGGUGCACUCUGUGCGUGCGCCAGCAGUGAGAGACGACCGUAAAAGGGAGAAACCCCGCGCGCCCUCGCAUACCCGUGCGCGCGCGUUUGUGUUUGUGUGUGUGUGCGGAACACACGGGGUCUCACGGAGAAGAGUUUCCAAGUUUUCCACCGUACAAUUUCCACCAUACCCCCGGAUUGGAUACGCCGAGAUAAAGAGAGAGAGCGAGAGAGAGAGAGAGCGAGAGAGAGAGAUUUCUAGUGCGAGAAUAAGCCGUUGUGUGGUACUGCUGUGCGUGCGCGCCCGUGUGUGCGCAAGGUUUUACUUUUUGAUAUUAUUUCCCCGCCCCCGUCCCGUCCCCUGCCCUGCCCAGCCAGUGCGCAUUCGUUCGCAUUCGUCCCAGUGCGAAAGGGGCGGCGGGUGGUGUGUGCGUGUGUGAGUAGUGUGUGCGGCAGCAGCCAAGUGUGUAAGUGAGAGAGCGCGUGCAAUUGCUUGUUCGUGCGUGUGUGUGUGUGCGUGCGUUUGCACUGUUGUUGCUGCUGGUGGUGCUGUAUGGUGUUGUGUUUCUUCACGAGCGCUGCUGCUCUGUUGCUGUUGCCAUCAUCAUCAUCAUCAUCAUCAUCGCCGUUAGUAGGAAGCGCGGCUUUGAGAUCAUCUCUCCGUGUUUCGGUUGUGUGUGUCGCGCUGUGGUGUGUAGUGCACUAAAGCACCAGGGAAAACUCUCACAUUAAACCCCCGCUACGCCCGGAUUCGCUAAAAUGGCCACGAGCGACGACGAACAUUUCCAUCUGUACGAGGUGUUUCAGAAUUGUUUCAAUAAAAUCGCCAACAAGCAGCCGCCUGAAAAAGCAGGCUACCAAUCACCAUAUGGCGGCAUGGACAAUGGCGUGUACGCCCCGGAGGAGUACACGCACGAGAGUCCGGUUACGGGCGGGCAGCGAUACACGUCCCCGAAGGCGGGCGGCGCACUGUACCAGCCGGAACCGUACUACGAUUCGCCCGGCGGCUCCUGGUACCCGUCCUCGUCGAGCGGAGCGUACGCACCACAUUCCGGUACGGGCGGUGGCGGCGGCGGUGGUGGCGGCGGCUACCACAACGUAGGUCACGGGACCCAUCUCGGUGGUGGCGGGGCCGGCGGUGGCCCUCAGCACAACCAUGACCAGUACGCGAUGUCGCCGGUCGGUGUGCCGCAUAUGGAUGGCGGCCAUCUUUCACAGAAUCAGACGCAAGCACUUCCACCGAUGAGCACGUUCCGGGGCAAUAACGCACAGAUACCGCCGAUCGGUACGCAGGGCCAGAACUCACCCGCAAUCUACAACGCGCUCGCUGGCGGUCACCACAACCAACAUGCGCAACAUAGUCCAAUUGUACAAAACGACACCCUGGUCGGCAAGGCGCUACAGACGAUGUACCCAACCGAUCAGAGCAUUAGCAGUUACGGUUCCAACCCCAACACGCCAGUGAACUCACCUCCACCGCUCACGUCCCAGCAGCAGGCCCAGCAACAGCAACAACAAGUACAGCAGUCCCAGCAAGCGUCGCAGCAAAGUAUUCAUGUCGCCGCCGUGCCGGCGAGCGGCGGCUCCACCGUCGUCGUACCCGGCGGUGGCGUUCCCGCGUCCGUUGCGUCGGCGGCCACUGCGGCGGCCGUCGCGGCGGCGGGCGGUGCCUGGCAGCAGAUCAACCCGGCGGUGAUCAACAGCAACGGUGGCGGCCCGGCCGUACUCAACAGCCUAUCGAACGGUUCCUACGCGCCCGAGCUAGUGCAUCGAGGACUGCCCCAUAUGGCCAACUCUCCCGAGAUACAGCCGCUAGAUGAGGCGAUCGUGUCGCUACUAAGAGAGCAUGAAAACGUCACGUCCCUGCAAGGGUCACGCAUGGAGGAACGGCUGGACGAUGCCAUCAACAUACUGCGAAAUCACUGCGAACCGCAGGUCGGUGUGUCGCUCUCUUCAAUCGACCCUGCCGCGACCGUCUCACCGUACUCGACCGGCAGCGGGCCGAUCAUUCCACCCUCCUCCCAGCUGCAGCAGCACCCGGACGCGCCGGCCGAACUUUCCACCGUCCCCGUGAAAACGGAACGACUCCCCGGCAGCGGCCCGGUGUCGGUGAACAACAUUUAUCAUUUAUCCUCAGAGAAACGCAAAGAGCCUCCAGAUUCCGACACCAAACCGAGCAGCUCCGUGCAGGGUUCGGCGAAGGGUGCCAAGCGGCAGCGCAAGUAUAGUAAAACCUCGCGCAGUUGUUCCAGUGCUGACGACGACGAUGACGACGACGAUCUGGACCCGCUGGCAAAGGAUCGAAAGGAGCGGGAGCGAAGGCAAGCCAACAAUGCACGUGAAAGAAUACGUAUUCGGGAUAUUAAUGAGGCGCUGAAGGAGCUGGGACGCAUGUGCAUGUCGCACCUGAAAUCAGACAAACCACAGACCAAGCUGGGCAUACUGAACAUGGCUGUAGAAGUGAUAAUGACUCUCGAGCAGCAAGUGCGAGAGCGUAAUCUAAACCCGAAGGCGGCUUGCCUGAAGCGGCGAGAGGAGGAGAAGGCCGAGGACGGUCCGAAGCUACCCCCGCAUAUCCUACAUCAAUCAGCCUACCCUACGCUACCUGGUGCUCCGCCAAGUCUACCGCACAGUGGACCACCACAAUAGCAUACCAAUUUUACCUGCUUUAUUCGAAGAUAACAAACCACAGCACAACUCUUACGGGCAGAAUCCGCACAACCAGUCCAAUACAAGUAAUUAGAUAAAAGAAUGGAAGAGGGAUUCUUGGCGGUCUACAUCCACGGCUGCCAGGAAGCAGUACAGCACACACACACACAAAACCUCCAGAGGUUAAUAAAGGUGUUUAGUUUAGGCGUAGGAAUGGGUGAGUGUGGGGCGACAAAUCGAAGCGAGUGAAGCACAAUAGGAAAAAUGGAAUUUAAAAAAAAAUGCUGGCAUGUUAGGACGAAGCACGGAAGCAUAAAGUGUACAUAUGUGAAGCGCUGGAAGAUAGAAACGCAAGGAAGAAGUAAGAUGCUGUACGUGUGUAAGUAGAACAAAACGUGUUGUAUAAACAACGACAAGGAAACGGAAGGUAGUACUAGUAGUUGCGGUGUGUGAAAUGUAUCACACACUCGCACGUGUCAACAUGUAUUUCAGCCCGUUUUCAGUCGCGCAAAACAUUACAAAUCCCUCUCCUCCGUCUCCCACAACUGUUCGAAAGCGCUCUCACUUUCUCUGGUAGCGGCCACUGUUGGACAGUGCGAAUCAGCGGACAGUGCAGAAGGAGCUGUGUGCAUCUUUUAUACAGCGAACGCAGGAAAUACUUAAUGCAUUAAGUAUUUGGUGCGAUUGUGUAAAAAAUACGUUAAAACUUUUUGUUUUGUUUUUUUAAGAAAUCAAUACAACACCCCGUGACAGCGAUUGAAUCCCCGGUGUGCAAGAAGCGUGUGUGUUUUAGGUGAACCAGAACUAGGCUAGGGCGAUUUUAUUGCACACAAUGCACGCAUGACACGCGCAACUCGGUGCAGAAAGAGUAACAAUUUCUUUGCAAAUAAAAUUAGCGUAAAAUAUUACGCUAGCAGCAGAUAGCAACAGCAGGGGAGCAGAUAGAGGACUAUUUUUUUGUUAUUAAUUCGGGGUGACAAAAAAAUACACAAACAUAAUCGAAUGAUUACAGUACAUCACCCCAGAACAGAUUCCUAAUAGGACAAGGACAGAGAGAGAGAGGGAGCGAAGCGACAUAUGUGGAAACGUUAUAGUGGAAAAGAAGAACAGUAAUAAUAUCUUUUAGUAUUCUCUAUAUAUAUAUACACACACACAACAUAUAUAUAAACUAUAUCGAUAUAAAACCAACAGCAGAAAAAAGCAAGAAGGUCGCAAAAGGAAUGUGUAGAGAGAAGAAUGAAUUUCCAUGAAAUCAAGCCAAGAAUCGAUGAGAGCGCGCGCGCGCGCGUUUGUACCACAAUAGCGAGAUCAUCAUUUUCUUGACGUAGUAAAGGGAGCGUAUUACCAGCAACGUUGUUAGCGAAGCGAGUGAUUGAAUCAUUCGUCGGAAGGGUUUGGAUCAGGGAAAGGAAUUAAGCAACGCCACCAUUAACUUUUGUUCAGAAAAAGAAAAACGGUCAGGGAAAAGGAAAGAGGACAAACAAUGCGUUCAUAUAACCAGUGAAAGAAGUUUAUUCUUCUGUCUGUGGGUGUGUGAGUGAGAAAGUGUUCGCAAGCGUGUCCGAUGGUAGGAAAAUGAGACAUUUCAUGGUUUUGGAUCGAGAAUCGAUCCACCCGGUUUAGGUCCAGGCCGCCGCCGGUUUGAAUCAUAUCAUUUUUGAGAGGAUGUUCGAGACUUAAACCAGUACUUAGUAAGUUACCAGUUACCAGUGUACUUAUAUCGUAACUUGUGUCGACGAGGAUUCGCUUUUUCGUUAAACAAUUGUUCUUUUUUGAAACUGUGUUCAUUAGCAGCGUGUAGUAUGCAGCAGAGUCACUUCGAUCUGUUUGAGCUUUGUUUUGAAAUGCACCCUUUCCCUACCAUCAGACGCGCCAACAACUUUGCGACUGAACAGUUCCUCAGGAACCAAAUCAAUGAUAACCGUGAAUGCCCGAUAAUCAACGACAGUAUUUAUAUUAUUCAACACAUGUUUUGUUAUAGUGUACAAGUUUUCGGUGUCGUGUGUAUCAAACACGAAAGCUUAAGCCUCAAAUGAAGUCGAAAACUUCAAAUCAAAAGGCUUGAUAGUUUAACAUCACAAGACAAUUUUCAAAAAUGACCAUCACACAAAGCAACACACAAACAAUCAAUUAAUUAUACCCUUUUUAAUUGAAAUAUCGUAUAAGAAAAUUACAUCACACAUUAUCGGAAUGCCCUAAGAAUGAUAGUAUUUUGCUGCGUUUGAUAUAAUCUGAUUGUGUUUAGUUGACAGGAGAACUAGAGGGUUAGUUUUUUUUUUUACCAGCAUUAAGCAACUCUUUUCCGGUGGCGCUGAAUGGUUCUUUUUUCUCAUUUUCCCUCAACCUCAUUUACUGCGUCGAUUAAACGUAGCGAAUGAUCGUUAACUUCAAACUACUACGAUCAGCUCGAGGAGCAGCGCUCUUAUGAGUACUGUAAACUAACUAAACGCGCCAAAACAGUGUUUUUACAAAGAUGUGAUAAAAAAAUGUUUCGAGAACAACAAGUGUACGUGUGUGUAUGUGUGUGUUUCUGUAAUGCUAGAGAGCAAAAGGAAAGGAAUAGAAUAAGGAACUCUUUAGGAAGCAAGAACGAGUGCAACGAUUUCAUACGGCCAACCAUCUUGACAAAUCAGUCAAUCUUGAGAGGGGAAACACCUCUAACAUGUUUUAUAUUUUCUAUUUUACACUGCUACGUUCUUUACAAUGAUAUGUCUAUGAAAAGUGUCAAUGAUCAUUUUCUGCAAAUGUGUCGCGACACAUCCGUGUUCGUGUCGAUCAUUGGUGUAAAGAUUCACUGUGAAGCUCUUAAGAAAGAUGGUGAAAAUGUCUCGAUAGUAUUAUUCAUAUUUCUAGCGGAACUUUCUAGAAAAAAAAAGUAUCAAGACAUUCUCAGUCGUUGAAUAACUGUGUCGCCACGUGUUAGCAGAAUCCAUAUAAUUGACAGCAAACACAAUAGCAUAAGCAUUGUUACAACUUCAACUUUACAUUCAUAAUUUUCUCAUUACUACUUUCUAUUGGUAAAGCUAGGCUAAAUGGUUCGUUUAAAAUGAUUCUGAGUUUAAUUUCUUUCAUUUUGCUCUUACAUUGUUUAAAGCACACAUAGCCAAUACCCGUUUGCUAAUAACUGCUCCACGCAUUUGUGUGGAUUCAGUGGUACCACAUAAAUGAGAGAAUGAAAACGUGCUCGUGGUGUGUUUAUUUUACGCGUUAUAGUUUUCCUAUGAUUUAAAAAAAAUGAAAUGCAUGUAUAGAGAAACGUUCUUUAUGUAUACUUUUUAUAUAGGUUUUCUACCGAUUUCGGUGCGGUGUUUUUAUUAUCUUCCAUUCGAUUUUGGUAUUUUGUUUCCAAAGCAAAAUAGAAAAAAACAAGGAUACAAAUGUGUAACAGUGAAAGAGGAGAGAGAGAAAAGAGCAAGAGUUAAAAGUCACAUGUGUUAGGGAUUUAUUUUUCGCCAUUUUAUAAAUAUUCUGGCCUUCCAAUGUUCGUUUUAUGUUAAUUGCUAUUUUAAUUAUUUUAUUUUACCAUAGUAAUAACUUUUAAGGUGACUUAUAUUAGAUGAGUGCGUGUGUGUGUGCCGAGAUAUGCUGCAUGCGGCAGAAAGCACAAAAGCGAAACAUAAUCAAUCAACAUUAGGAAAAAAGGAGGUAAACACCCCGACACACAUCACACAACGCCCGGCGCCGUUAUGCGGUGUUGCGGCGUUAGGUUAGUUUAAGCUAAAAGAGUAUUUUACACACGCACACACAAAUGGAGUACAUAUUAUUUUCUAAACGAUGCUUUAGUUUUAGUCUGUCCCUUAUUUUUCAAGAAUGUGUUAUACAUACAUUUGCUUUUACUUUGUUCUUCUAGUGACAGAGACCGAACAAUGCUAACCCGGAACUGUGUGGUGCUUUCGCAAAACACAGUUGGUUGGGUUUCUGUUCGGUAAAUGGUGUUACAAAAUAAGGAUAAAGAAAAGAAAAGUGUAUGAGAAUGAUGGUGCAAAUGAAAGCUAAAAUCAGUAAAGUGCAAAUGAAACACUGAGUAGCGGGAGAAAGAAGGAUGCACAAAGGUUCUGUUCCUCAUUUUUCAUGGAUUUUUUGGUUUUUGUUUGCUCUGUUUUAGGACACACGCGAAAUAUGCGCUCAUGGUUUAUACUGUUUCUUUCUUUUUUUUUCUACAAGUAUUUUUUCAUGUUUUACAUUGCUUUGCCAAAGGCGCCAUGCUGGUGGUUUCGAUUGCACGAUGGAACGUUACAAUCCUGCAACACACACAAUACACAAUCGUUCGUCAUGCAAAAACGCUCGUCGUACAACGAACACAGUAUAUAGACAAAUCAGAAAAUGCGAAAAAAAAACACUAGCAAAAUAUCGAAAUGCGUGUGCUCAAAUCAAUAACGCAGUUUUGCUACUCAAAGUAAUAAUUAAAAAUAAACAACCAAGCCAAUGCAUGAACAUCCUCCAACUAACAACAAGCCACGAUGUGAACGAGAAGAACGAAAUGAAUAACGAAAUAGAUAAAGCAAGUGAGCAAAAAAAAAAAAAGAGCAACAGUAUAAGACAACAAGUAGCAGUUCCAUUAUAAGCGUAAUGUGUUGCAAGAGCAAA